GGGCCACCGCGGGACGCCAGGUCCGGUCCGAAGAGGAGGGGCCGCGGCGCGGAGGGAAGUGGGCGGGAGCCGAGGGCCGAGUCGCCAAAGUCGCCGGCGGCCGUGGGGCGCCGGGCAGGUGGGAGCCCGCGCGGGCCGGGCCGGGAUGAGCAAUGGCAUCGGUCAAGGUGGCCGUGAGGGUCCGGCCCAUGAAUCGCAGGGAAAAGGACUUGGAAGCCAAAUGCAUUAUUCAUAUGGAGAAAAGCAAAACAACAAUCACAAACUUAAAGAUACCAGAAGGAGGGACUGGGGACUCAGGAAGAGAACGGACCAAGACCUUCACCUAUGACUUUUCUUUUUAUUCUGCUGAUACAAAAAGUCCAGAUUAUGUUUCACAAGAAAUGGUUUUCAAAACCCUCGGCACAGAUGUCGUGAAGUCUGCAUUUGAAGGUUAUAACGCUUGUGUCUUUGCAUAUGGGCAGACUGGAUCGGGAAAGUCUUACACUAUGAUGGGAGACUCUGGCGAUUCUGGCUUAAUACCUCGGAUCUGUGAAGGGCUCUUCAGUCGGAUAAAUGAAACCACCAGAUGGGAUGAAGCAUCUUUUCGAACUGAAGUCAGCUACUUAGAAAUUUAUAAUGAACGUGUGAGAGAUCUACUUAGGCGGAAGUCAUCUAAAACCUUCAAUUUAAGAGUCCGUGAGCAUCCAAAAGAAGGACCUUAUGUUGAGGAUUUAUCUAAACAUUUAGUACAGAAUUAUGGUGAUGUAGAAGAACUUAUGGAUGCGGGAAAUAUCAAUCGCACCACAGCAGCGACCGGGAUGAACGAUGUCAGCAGCAGGUCUCAUGCCAUCUUCACCAUCAAGUUCACUCAGGCGAAAUUUGAUUCUGAAAUGCCAUGUGAAACCGUGAGUAAGAUCCACUUAGUGGAUCUUGCCGGAAGUGAGCGUGCGGAUGCCACUGGGGCCACCGGGGUGAGACUGAAAGAAGGGGGCAAUAUUAACAAAUCUCUUGUGACUCUGGGGAACGUCAUUUCUGCCUUAGCCGAUUUAUCUCAGGAUGCAGUAAACCCUCUUGUAAAAAAGAAGCAAGUUUUUGUGCCUUACAGGGAUUCUGUUUUGACGUGGUUGUUAAAAGAUAGCCUUGGAGGAAACUCUAAAACUAUCAUGAUUGCCACCAUUUCACCUGCUGAUGUCAAUUAUGGAGAAACCCUAAGUACUCUUCGCUAUGCAAAUAGAGCCAAAAACAUCAUCAACAAGCCUACCAUUAAUGAGGACGCCAACGUCAAACUCAUCCGUGAGCUUCGAGCAGAAAUAGCUAGACUGAAAACGCUGCUUGCUCAAGGGAAUCAGAUUGCCCUCUUAGACUCUCCCACAGCCUUAAGUAUGGAGGAAAAACUUCAGCAGAAUGAAGCAAGAGUUCAAGAAUUGACCAAGGAAUGGACAAAUAAGUGGAAUGAAACCCAAAACAUUUUGAAAGAACAAACUCUAGCCCUUCGGAAAGAAGGGAUUGGAGUUGUUUUGGAUUCUGAGCUGCCCCAUUUGAUUGGCAUUGAUGAUGACCUUCUGAGUACUGGAAUCAUCUUAUAUCACUUGAAGGAAGGUCAGACAUAUGUUGGUAGAGAAGAUGCUUCAACAGAACAAGAUAUUGUUCUUCAUGGCCUUGACUUGGAGAGUGAGCACUGUAUCUUUGAAAAUGUCGGAGGGACAGUGACUCUCAUACCCCUGAGUGGGUCUCAGUGCUCUGUGAAUGGUGUUCAGAUCACCGAGGCCACACACCUAAAUCAAGGUGCCGUGAUACUCUUGGGAAGAACCAAUAUGUUUCGCUUUAAUCAUCCAAAGGAGGCUGCCAAGCUCAGGGAGAAGAGGAAGAGUGGCCUUCUGUCCUCCUUCAGCUUGUCCAUGACCGACCUCUCGAAGUCCUGUGAGAACCUCUCCGCGGUCAUGUUGUAUAACCCAGGUCUUUUCCCUAUAAAAGGACCCAUCUGUCUAAGACUUGAAUUUGAGAGGCAACAGCGUGAAGAACUUGAAAAAUUAGAAAGUAAAAGGAAACUCAUAGAAGAAAUGGAGCAAAAGCAAAAGUCCGAUAAGGCGGAACUGGAGCGGAUGCAGCAGGAGGUGGAGACGCAGCGCAAGGAGACGGAGAUCGUCCAGCUGCAGAUCCGCAAGCAGGAGGAGAGCCUGAAACGCCGCAGCUGCCACAUCGAGAGCAAGCUCAAGGAUCUGCUCGCCGAGAAGGAAAAGUUUGAAGAGGAGAGGCUGAGGGAGCAACAGGAAAUCGAGCUGCAGAAGAAGAAACAAGAGGAAGAGAGCUUUCUCCGUGUCAAAGAAGAACUCCAGCGGCUCCAGGAGCUCAACCACCAUGAGAAGGCCGAGAAGAUUCAGAUAUUUCAAGAACUGGACCGGCUCAAAAAGGAAAAGGAUGAACAGUAUGCCAAGCUUGAGUUGGAAAAGAAGAGACUGGAGGAGCAGGAAGAGGAGCAGGCCGUGCUAGUGGCGCAUCUGGAGGAGCAGCUCCGAGAGAAGCAGGCGAUGACCCGGCUGCUGCGGCCAGGCAGCGUGCAGCGGGUGCAGCAGGAGAGGAGAGAGCUGGAGGGCAUCCGCGAGUCCCUGCUGCGGGUGAAGGAAGCGCGGGCCGCAGGGGACGACGACAGCGAGGAGUUGGAGAGGGCUCAGCUGCACUUCUUAGAGUUCAAGAGAAGGCAGCUGGUCAAGCUAGCCAACCUGGAGAAGGACCUGCUUCAGCAGAAGGACCUCCUGAAGAAAGAAGUCGAAGAAGAACAGGACAUCCUAGAGCGUUUAAAAUCUGAAAAAGAAGAAGAAUUCAGGUUGUUGGGAAAAAAUGAUGGUGGUGUCAUAGAUGUCACCCAGGGGGCUCAAGAUUUAGAGAAAAUAAAGCCAGCGCAGUACAGGCUGCAAUAUAAAGAACGCCAGCUCCAGCACCUCCUGCAGAAUCAUUUGCUGACUCUGCUAGAAGAAAAGCAGAGAGCGUUUGAAAUCCUUGACAGAGGCCCUGUUGGCUUAGACAACACUCUCUACCAAGUGGAAAAAGAAAUGGAGGAAAAAGAAGAACAGCUGGCACAGUACCAAGCCAAUGCGAGCCAGCUGCAGAAGCUCCAAGCCACCUUCGAAUUCACUGCCAACAUCGCGCGUCAGGAAGAAAAAGUGAGGAGAAAGGAAAAGGAGAUCCUCGAAUCCCAGGAGAAGCAGCAGAGAGAGGCUCUGGAGCGCGCUGUGGCCAGGCUGGAGAGGAGGCACUCGGCCCUGCAGAGGCGCUCCACCCUGGGCGUGGAGAUCGAGGAGCAGAGGCAGAAGCUGGCCACUCUCAGCAGCAGCAGCAGCAGCAGCGAGCAGGCGGGGCUCCGGGCCAGCCUGGAUGCUGAGCAGGCAGCCCUGGAGAGGGACCAGGAGAGGUUAGAACAUGAAAUCCAGCAGUUGAAGCAGAAGAUCUGUGAGUUUGAUGGUGUUCAGAAAGGGCAUUGUGGGACCUUGGAGGAGAAAGCUGCUUCUUCCUGCUUGCCAUCCAGUGCUCAAAAAUCUCACCUUGUCCCUCUGAUGGACGCCAGGAUCAAUGCGUACAUUGAAGAAGAAGUCCAAAGACGUCUUCAGGAUUUGCAUCGUGUGAUUGGCAGUGACAGCAGUACAUCUGCAGAUCUGAUGAAGGAUGAUGAGAAACUUCACAAUGGCACCAUUCAACGUAAACUAAAAUAUGAGCGGAUGAUGUCUCGCUCUUUGGGAGCAAAUCCAGACGACCUGAAGGACCCAAUUAAAAUUAGUAUUCCUCGCUAUGUUCUCUGCGGGCAAGGGAAGGAUGAGCACUUCGAGUUUGAGGUCAAGAUUACUGUCCUAGAUGAGACAUGGACCGUAUUCAGGCGUUACAGUCGUUUUCGAGAAAUGCAUAAAACAUUGAAGUUAAAGUAUGCAGAGCUUGCUACCCUUGAAUUCCCUCCAAAGAAACUAUUUGGAAACAAGGAUGAACGCGUGAUUGCUGAGAGGCGAAGUCACUUAGAGAAAUACCUCAGGGACUUUUUCAGUGUGAUGCUUCAAUCUGCGACAUCUCCCCUACACAUCGACAAAGUGGGGCUGACUCUUUCGAAACACACCAUUUGUGAGUUCUCGCCGUUCUUCAAGAAAGGAGUCUUUGACUACAGCAGCCACGGGACCGGGUAGAGCUGGGGGUGACACAGGAACCACCAACGCAGUGCCUUCUCGUCGUUGCAGCAAGCCUCCCGUGCAGGGAAGCCUCCCGCGCGAGGUCUGGGCGUGCCUCCUCCUGCUGCAGGCAGACAUGCGGCAGCCAGCCUGGCGCGCCUCACGAGUUCCUUCCUAGUGCCUGAGUUUGGGACUGGGAUGCUUUGCUUGCUGAUGGUAACCCUGACAGGCAGCUGUUGCUGUUCCAUUGCGGUUGAAUGUGGCCUUUUCCCCAUAGGGCUUCCUUCUCAUUGCACAGCGGAGUCCAUCCCCUGUGGCAAGAUGGACGUGGCUUGAUAUCUUGGGCUCUCUCAGCCAAGCCAACCUGGAACCUCCCAAAGUGGGGGGCUUACCAGACCUCCCUUCAGUGACUUUCUUCUGGUUUCCUCUUUCACCAAAAUACACUCUUAUUUUUUGUAUUCCUUCCAUGUGGCUGGCUAUAUCCUAAGAAAAGCAUUUUAAAUUAUUUCAUCGUAUUUUUUCUUUUUCCCCGUGUUUGUCAGAACUUUUGUAUAAUACCUAAACACUGAUGUUUACACAGAAUUUCAUAUUCUGCAAAACGGAUUUUCGGUCCAAUCAUGACUGGAGUCUUCCCUGCUUGACACAUUGGAUGUAGGUGACAUCACUUAAAACGUCUGUAAAUCCAUACAGAUAGGAUGCUUGUUUAAUCUUGAAUAUUCAAGAAAAUUUUCCCAGAUGUAAAUGGCUACUGUGCAUUCUCCAGCUUUCUCUGCUAAGCACAAAAUGAGCGCAUAGCUGAAUGCAUAUUUUUAAACAUUAUUUUGUUCACAUUUUGAUUACAGAAUCUACUGGAUCUUUAGCUGAAAGACUAGAAUUUACAGUACCUUACUAAUGAUCCCUUAAAUUACUCAGGACUUAAUGUAGCACUGCACAUCCAUGUACAGUAAAACGGCUUUGUUUUACUAAAGAGAAAAAUGUGAGUGGAAAAAAUAUAUAUGUGGUAUAUAUUGAAAUGUAUAUAAUUCUACCUAUAGAUUUAUACAUGUACACACUCCUGUACAAUAGUAUCAAAAUAUAUAAUCAUUCACACCAAAUUUAUUAAAGGUAUUUGCUUUUUCAAAAUUGAAAUUGAGCUGCUAUUAAUAUUAAAUGAAGUUAUGGAAUCUA